AUGGAUAAACAUUUCCAAGUGUCCUCAGCCAUUUACCGGAAACCUAAACCUGGUCAAACCAAACAAGACCAAGAAGUCGAUGACGAGGCUAGAUUGCUGGCGAGGAGGCUCUCAAAUGCAGCAGCCUUCCCCAUGGUUCUCAAAGCCGCCUUGGAGCUUGGUGUCAUUGACACCAUCGUUACCGCAGGCGAUGGUGUAUGGCUCUCAUCUUUUGAGAUAGCACUAAGACUCCCAACCAAACCAAGCAAUCCUGAGGCUCCCGAGUUGCUGGACCGUAUGCUGCGGUUACUUGCCAGCUACUCAAUUUUGAAAUGUCGUGCUGUUGUCAUAGAAGAGAAGGGUCAAACAAAAAUUGGGAGGCUAUAUGCAGCCGAACCGGUCUGCAAGUUUCUCCUGAACAGUAGUGACGGCUCAGGCUCUUUUGCGUCUAUGAUCAUGAUGAACCUUAGCGACGUCAACAUCAAGACUUGUCGGGCCAUGUCGGAAUCUUCCACUAUGGUUAUGGAAAAGGUUCUAGAAGCUUACGAUGGAUUCAAAGACGUGAAGACUUUAGUGGAUGUGGGAGGAGGACUUGGUAACACAUUAAGGCUCAUCACUUCCAAGUAUCCUCAAACUAUGGGUAUCAAUUUCGAUCUACCUCCGGUGGUAGCCCGUGCCCCUCUUUAUUCAGGUGUAACACAUGCAGCAGGAGAUAUGUUCAUAAAGAUUUCAAAUGGAGAUGCCAUUUUCAUGAAAUGGAUCUUGCAUGAUUGGACGGACGAACAAUGCGUAAGAAUUCUUAAAAACUGUUGGAAGAGUCUUCCGGAAAAUGGAAAGGUGAUCAUAGUGGAAAUGGUUACACCACUAGAGGCAAAGAGCGGAGAUAUAUGUUCUAACAUUGUGUUUGGUAUGGACAUGACAAUGUUAACACAAUGUUCGGGUGGCAAAGAGAGAUCUCUUUCAGAGUUUGAAGCUAUUGCAUUAGCCUCAGGCUUUUCUCGUUGUGAAAUCGUAUGUCCGGUUUAUCCAUUUUCCGUCAUCGAAAUCUAUAAAUAG